AUGCCGGCCAUUCAUUUCUUUGUUUUGCUCAUUUCUUUCAUUUCUUUCGGGUCUAAUUUUGCGGUUCCAGUUGAUGAUGGUCCAUCAAGUUUAACACGGAGACUACCUUCUGGAGCGACUCUAUAUCAACUUUCCAGGAGAGGAUCAUUGGUGGACGAGGAUGGAGUUUUGGAUCAGGAUAAGUUUGACAAUCACAUCCGCUAUGUUUUACGGAAACAAAUUGAAGGGGCCAUGAAUUAUUAUAUGAACACGGGAAAUGUGUUGGCCACAUUCAACAUGACGCCUUAUCAGCUAGAAGACGUAUAUAAUACUGGAGCUCUGCCUCUUGUCGAUGAUACUCCCCCCACAGACGGAACUGGCGCCGCUGUCAGAGUCUCGCAAGCUAUUGGAAGUGCUGAAAACCCGUCAAUAUCUCGCGUCCAGUCCGGCGCAAUCUCGCCACUUUCCAGAGCGUCAGCUAGAGGUGGUGCUGUCCCCAUGAACAACUUAGCUGGAAAGGACCUCAUAUGGGCUGCACCAAUCCAAAUUGGGACUCCACCAAAGACGUUUUUUGUCUCCAUCGAUACGGGUUCCUCGGACUUAUUCGUAGCAUCUGAUAGAUGUCCCCAAGCACAAUGUGCAGGCAAAAACUUAUAUUUGGCCUCUGAAUCAGUUACCGCUAUCCCCACAGCCAGAAACUUUUCCAUCGGAUUUGGAGAUGGGAGCUCAGUGAAGGCCAUUGUAGUGCGUGAUACUGUAUCUGUAGCUGGACAGACACUUCCAAACAUGGGUUUUGGGGCCGUUACUCAACUCAGCCCACAGUUUCAAAGCUCCACAGGCGACACUUCUGAUGGUCUGAUGGGAUUCGGAUUCCCAAGUCUCUCACAGAGCAAGACUGAUCCAUUCUUCACAACACUUACCAAGGCAGAUCCCCAAAUGGGUGUCAUCGGCACCAAGUUUGUCGGUCGAAGUGUAUCAGGCUCAGAGUUGACCAUCGGAGGAGUGAAUCCACUCUCAUUCAGGGGCCCUUUCACUACGCUAAACGUAUUGGCAAUGACUGGCCAACAAGCAGGAUUUUGGGAUGUAGAGUUCGAGGGUGCAACUCUCAAUGGACGACCUUUACAGCUAACUUCCACAAUUGCUACAAUCGACACCGGCACCAGUAUCAUCGCAGUUCCUCAAGCAGACGCCCGAACGAUUUACGCUUCUAUCCCUGGCUCAACCGCAAAAUCAGGCGGUCAAUACAGUUUCCCUUGCGCUGCAAAUCCCAUGCUCAGCAUGAACUUUGGUGGACGAGCCUUCAACAUAAACCCUCAGGAUAUGUCAAUCGGCAGAGACAGACAGGGAAAUUGUGUUGGCGGUAUUGUUGGAACGGACAGGCAGGGAGUUUGGUUGGUGGGACAAGUAUUUUUGAAGAACGUUUAUACCGCCUACGAUCAAAGGAAUUAUACCGUUUCAUUUGCAGAUUUGGCAUAA